GGCGGAACCGUCGCCUCACCGACGCCAUCUUGGCAGUUUGUUGUUGAAGACCAGCCCAUCUGUAUAAUCUGCGCAGGGUCGCAGAGGCGUGUGGUUUGUUUUUAAAACGACUGCGGGUAUGACUGGCGGGACCGAGUUUCACAAAAGCUAUAAUAACAACAAGGACUCGGAGUGUAGAAUGGAUGUAGACAUGGAUUCAAGUCAUAUUGAAACUGAGCGGGGAGAACUGGACGGCGGUAUCCCGGCUGCGUGUUCUUCCAACGGCAGUGGCGGGGAAGAAGACGAGGCGGAGGCCGUUGGCCGUGGGAGACAAGCCGGGGGUUCUAGUAGUCAGCACACCCCGGACGGAGGGGUGCUCGGCAGCGGAAGAGAGCAAGAGGUGUCGGUCGAGAUUGGAGAGACGUAUUUAUGUCAAAGAGCCGACAAGACAUGGCAUACAGCCGAGGUUAUUCAGUCCCGACUGAAUGAGCAGGAGGGCAGGGAGGAGUUCUAUGUUCACUAUGUAGGAUUCAACAGGCGCCUAGAUGAGUGGGUGGGUAAGGCCCGCCUGGCACUUACCAAGACAGUGAAGGACGCAGUGAGAAAGAGCACCGAGAUUGGAGGUGUUGGUGAUUUGGGCGACCAGCCUGAAAGGAAGAUCACCCGCAAUCAGAAGCGCAAGCACGAUGAGAUCAACCAUGUCCAGAAGACGUAUGCAGAGAUGGACCCAACAACUGCCGCGCUGGAGAAGGAACAUGAAGCGAUCACCAAAGUGAAAUAUGUGGAUAAAAUCCAGAUUGGAAACUUUGAGAUUGAUGCCUGGUACUUCUCACCGUUUCCAGAAGAUUAUGGAAAACAGCCCAAGUUGUGGAUCUGCGAGUACUGCCUUAAAUACAUGAAGUAUGAGAAGACCUUCAGACAUCACCUGUCCCAUUGUCAGUGGAAACAGCCUCCAGGAAAAGAAAUCUACAGAAGGAGCAACAUAUCAGUGUUUGAAGUGGAUGGGCGCGACCACAAGAUCUACUGUCAGAAUCUUUGUCUACUAGCCAAACUAUUUCUCGACCACAAGACGUUGUAUUUUGAUGUGGAGCCAUUUAUCUUCUACAUCCUCACUGAAGUCAACAAACAGGGAGCGCACAUAGUCGGCUACUUCUCCAAAGAGAAAGAGUCUCCAGAUGGGAAUAACGUGGCGUGUAUUCUCACACUGCCGCCUUACCAACGCAGAGGCUACGGAAAGUUUCUCAUAGCUUUCAGUUAUGAGCUGUCUAAGCUGGAGAGUACAGUUGGUUCUCCAGAGAAGCCUCUGUCUGAUCUGGGCAAACUGAGCUACAGAAGCUACUGGUCCUGGGUCCUGUUAGAGAUCCUGAGGGACUUCAGAGGAACACUGUCCAUCAAAGACCUCAGCCAGAUGACCAGCAUCACGCAGAGUGACAUCAUCAGCACACUGCAGUCACUCAACAUGGUGAAGUACUGGAAAGGUCAACAUGUUAUCUGUGUGACGCCCAAACUGGUGGAGGAGCAUCUGAAGAGCGCCCAGUAUAAGAAACCACCAAUAACCGUGGACACUAUGUGUUUGAAGUGGGCGCCCCCCAAAAAUAAACAAGCCAAGUUGUCCAAGAAGUGAGAGGCAGAGCCAGCGACGCCACAUCUGUCCAUCAGUCACCCUGUGCACAUCGUCUGCCAACUUCCCCCAACUGGAAAAACCCUGCUGGUAUUAAAACCCCCUGUAUAUAGUUGUUAGUAGCAUCUGUCAGUAUUUUCUUACAAUAAAUAUAU